AUGUUGCACAUUUUUCACGGUUCUCACGGCUUGAGAUAUGACGAUUCCGGGUUGGAGGCAGCGGCCUCCAAAAGCCAAAACCUCGAGGCAAUAUCGCCGGGCGACGGGCCCAUCAAGGAUGAUAGGUCACAGAGGCCAAGUUCAAAAGGGAACGGGUCGGACAUGGGGGGACUGGAGCGGACCGAUCACGGAAACGCCGUGUUCAACGGCGCGGACUGGGCCAGGAUCAUGUUCCCGCUCAAGCCGAACAACGCCAUGAACAGCUACUUCUUCCCAGCUGGGCGGUGCGUUGUAGGUUUAUGA